UGCUAGAAGAAACCACCAGAAUUCUGCUACUGUUCCAUCUAGCAUUAGUACAUGUAGAAUUGAAAUGGUGGUUAUUGUAUGGGUAUCUGCUGACUACUUUUUAAUACCAUUGACUCGGAAACAAGAAUCGAUCCUUAAGGACAUAAAUUACCAGUAUUGGAUUGUAAACUUGAAUUGGCAGACUUACAGAAGAAGCUUGUCUUGAAGCACGUAGGAAAAUAGAAAAGACGGCACUGAUAUUUUUUUCUUGAUUGUAAUCGUGGUAUUGAAGAUUUGAAGCUUUUUUUUAUCCUGUGGUCCAAAGGAAGCAGAAUGAUGUUAUGUCACCCAUAACAACGGCAGUGCUACAUCAAGGAUACACUCUCAAAUAAGGAACUACUUCAGCAAUUCCAGUACUUGUGUUGGCUUUGGGGCUCUGUUAACACCGGAACUACUUCUGCAAACAGUAUGUGAAUGAGACCGCCAUAUAAUCUCCAGCAUAGGGAAUUGCACUGAAUAGCAAAGUAGAAUUGGUGUGCAGUAGAAGUGCUGUCUGCAAAUAAAGUUUAUAACAUUAGAGCGUAAACAGGAGAUCGGAUGAGCCGUGUGUGCAUAGUUGUUCUGGAGGAGGUGGACGAUGAUUUUCCCAUUGUCGCUUCUAAAAAGCUUCAGGAAAAGUACAAGGAUGUGCCAAUACCCCUGUCAAAGUCAUUUUCACUUGAAGGUGAAAGGCCACCACUGGUUCAAGCUAUUUUCAAUGGAGACCCAGAUGAAGUCCGCAGCUUAAUUUUCAAAAAAGAGGAUGUCAAUGUGCAGGAUGCAGAGAAGAGAACUCCUUUGCAUGCUGCUGCUUAUCUAGGAGAUGCUGAAAUUGUUGAACUACUUAUUUUAUCAGGAGCUAGAGUUAAUGCCAAAGACAACAAGUGGUUGACUCCUCUACAUCGUGCUGUUGCCUCUUGCAGUGAGGAUGCAGUUCAGGUGCUUUUGAAGCAUUCUGCUGAUGUGAAUGCUCGUGACAAAAACUGGCAGACUCCAUUACAUAUUGCUGCUGCAAACAAGGCUGUGAAGUGCGCAGAAGCUCUGGUUCCUCUUUUAAGUAAUGUAAAUGUCUCUGACCGAGCUGGGAGAACUGCUUUACACCAUGCUGCCUUCAGUGGACAUGUAGAGAUGGUUAGCUUGCUUCUAUCUAGAGGUGCCAACAUCAAUGCCUUUGAUAAGAAGGACCGACGUGCUAUUCACUGGGCUGCCUACAUGGGUCACAUUGAAGUGAUUAAAUUGUUGGUAGCACAUGGAGCUGAAGUAACAUGCAAGGAUAAGAAAGCUUAUACUCCACUUCAUGCUGCAGCUUCCAGUGGAAUGCUCAGUGUAGUCAAGUAUCUGCUGGACCUUGGAGUUGAUAUUAAUGAACCAAAUGCAUAUGGAAAUACCCCUCUUCAUGUGGCCUGUUAUAAUGGCCAGGAUGUAGUUGUGAAUGAGCUCAUUGACUGUGGAGCAAAUGUCAACCAAGUGAAUGAGAAGGGCUUCACCCCAUUGCAUUUUGCUGCUGCUUCAACACAUGGUGCAUUGUGUUUAGAACUAUUGGUCAGUAAUGGGGCAGAAGUGAAUAUUAAGAGUAAAGAUGGGAAGACUCCGUUGCACAUGACAGCAAUUCAUGGGAGAUUCUCAAGGUCACAGACGAUCAUCCAAAAUGGUGCAGAGAUAGAUUGUGAAGAUAAAAAUGGUAAUACCCCAUUGCAUAUAGCUGCUCGUUAUGGACAUGAGCUGCUUAUAAACACACUAAUCACCAGUGGAGCUGACACUGCAAAUCGGGGUAUCCAUGGAAUGUUUCCACUCCAUUUAGCCGCCUUAAGUGGUUUUUCUGAUUGUUGUCGCAAACUGUUGUCCUCAGGCUUUGAUAUAGACACCCCAGAUGAAUUUGGCAGGACCUGUCUUCAUGCGGCUGCUGCUGGAGGAAAUCUUGAAUGCUUAAAUUUGUUGCUUAACAGCGGAGCUGAUUUCAACAAAAAGGAUAAAUUUGGCAGGACACCGCUGCAUUAUGCUGCUGCCAACUGCAACUAUCAGUGCCUGUUUGCUCUUGUGGGAUCUGGAGCCAGUGUAAAUGAUCUUGAUGAAAGAGGUUGUACACCACUUCACUAUGCAGCAGCAUCAGACACAGAUGGAAAGUGCCUGGAAUACCUUCUUCGAAAUGAUGCCAAUCCUGGAAUUCGAGAUAAACAGGGCUAUAAUGCAGUGCAUUAUGCCGCUGCCUAUGGACAUCGUUUAUGUCUUGAACUCAUUGCAAAUGAAACUCCUCUAGAUGUGUUGAUGGAAACUUCGGGUACAGACAUGCUAAAUGAUUCUGAUAACAGAGCACCUAUCAGUCCAUUACAUUUGGCUGCUUAUCAUGGUCACCACCAAGCUUUAGAGGUACUGGUACAGUCCCUCUUAGAUUUGGAUGUGAGAAAUAAUAAUGGACGCACGCCACUGGACCUAGCAGCUUUCAAAGGACAUGUGGAGUGUGUGGAUGUAUUGAUCAAUCAGGGAGCAUCCAUUCUUGUGAAAGAUUUUGUGACAAAAAGAACUCCAAUUCAUGCUGCAGCAACAAAUGGCCACUCAGAGUGCCUACGGCUCCUAAUAGGUAAUACUGACCUCUACACAGCAGUAGAUAUUCAAGAUGGAAAUGGGCAAACUCCUUUGAUGCUGUCAGUUUUGAAUGGCCAUACAGAUUGUGUAUACUCACUUCUUAAUAAGGGAGCAAAUGUAGAUGCCAAAGACAAAUGGGGCCGAACUGCCUUACACAGAGGGGCAGUUACUGGUCAUGAAGAGUGCGUCGAAACUUUACUUCAACACAAUGCUAACUUUUUAAUUCGGGACUGCAAGGGCCGCACGUCUCUGCACUUGGCAGCAGCCUGUGGACAUGUAGGAGUACUUGGAGCCCUCCUUCAAGCUGCAUCCUCGAUGGAUAUUGUUCCUACAGUUUCAGACAAUCAUGGUUACACACCUCUGCACUGGGCUUGUUAUAAUGGUCAUGAUACCUGUGUUGAACUUCUGCUGGAACAGGAGGUUUUUCAGAAACUGGAAGGCAAUUCUUUUAGUCCAUUGCACUGUGCUGUGAUAAAUGACAAUGAAGGUUCGGCAGAAAUGUUAAUAGAUGUUCUAGGUGCUAGCAUUGUAAACUCUACAGAUGGAAAAGGAAGAUCCCCACUUCAUGCUGCGGCUUUCACAGAUCACGUUGAAUGUUUACAGCUUCUUCUCAGCCAUAAUGCCCAAGUAAAUACUGCAGACUCAACUGGAAAAACGCCAAUAAUGAUGGCCGCUGAGAAUGGACAGACUAAUGCAGUUGAGGUAUUAGUUAGCAGCGCAAAGGCCAAUCUUACCCUGCAGGAUGUGUGCAAGAAUACAGCCCUUCAUUUGGCCUGUAGUAAGGGCCAUGAAACUAGUGCCUUGUUAAUACUGGAGAAGAUCAUUGACAGAAGCCUCAUAAAUUCAACAAAUACUUCAUUACAAACGCCACUACAUGUUGCGGCACGCAAUGGACUUACUGUGGUUGUGCAAGAGCUUCUAAGCAAAGGGGCCAGUGUACUAGCUGUAGACGAGAAUGGUUACACGCCUGCAUUGGCCUGUGCUCCAAAUAAAGAUGUGGCAGACUGUUUAGCCCUCAUUCUAGCCACCAUGAUGCCUGUCUCAUCCAGCAGCACUUUACCUACUCUAAGUUUUAAUACCAUUAAUCACUACAGCAAUCCUUCAAAGACUGUGUCCUUUGAUUCUCUACCGAUAAUGAGAAGCGAUCAUAGUUCUUUCUGCAGUUUGAACAGUAUAGGCAGAGAAGAUGGUUAUCCUUAUGCUGAAGAUGAUGAACUAAAUGAUUCUGAUUCAGAGACCUACUGAAUGCACUGACUUCAGUUUUCACAAUGAAAGCCCUUGCAGCAUGCCCAUAAAUGGAUGGGUAUUUUUAAAAUGAGCGCCUUCUAAACUCUGUCAGCCAAGUGGAAAAAGGACAUUAUAGGUUUAAAGUUGAAUUUAUCAGAAGACACAGAAGACUGCAGGUCCAUGGAACAAAAAAAGCAAGCAGCUCAAAGUUUGUAGACAAUAUAAGAAACUACAGGCUCUGUUGAUAAAUGCCAAUGUAAUGUUAUUUUAAUGCUUUUUAUUUCUAGUGCCAGGAUCCAUUUCAACAGUCUACACUGGUUAAUGGUUUGAAGAAGAAGAUUUUAUAAGCUGGGUGGAAUAGCACUAUCUAAAUUAAAUGGGGAAGGGCAAUCAAAUAUUCCUGAAUCCAAGGCAUUACUCCAUUUAGUGAAGAAAAUGGCAUUUAUAUUAAAAAAAAAGCUGGUAUACAUCACAUUACUCAGUUGCAUGGUGAUUUGCCAAAGGGACCAAAUAAACUGAUUUUAAAAAAUUAUGUAAAAAAAAAAUUAAAGACUUGGCUGUAUCUGAAGAUCUCUCAAGCUACAACUUUUAGAACUUUGCUUUAACAGUAUUAAAGUGAAACUGUUCAGGAUUUUGAUGUACAUUUGUUGAUCAGUUCUAGAUCUUACUGGUUUUGCAUGUCUACGGUAGAGGCGUUGUGGUAGGGAGGGAAGGGAAAGGGAAGAGAAAAUUGAAAGCUUCUGUUAGCCAACACGUCUUUUUCCUACUGUCCUAGUUUGACUGAAGACCAAUGAAUGUGGUGCAGCCAGAGUGUUGGAUAAUUUAAUGUACAAAUCUGCUAGGUUGUUACGGAAGGCUAUCCAUUAUAUUUAAUUUCUCAAAUCUUAAUUUUACAGGUAUACUUUGAAGUAUAAUUGGUAUUUUAAAAUUCAGAUUUGUUGAUUCUGGAGGUAAAAUAUACCACAAAAUGUUGGCUCUUGGAAAGGAAGAUUGCCUGGACUUGCAGAGUAGAAAUCUUUAGUUAUGACUGCUUUUCGUCUUUUAGAUAAUAAACUAUUUUGCAGUUAUUUAAGUCAUGUUUGUACAACUGUGUGUUUGGUUUCCAAUUACUUCAGUGCCUUCAUUAUUGUCUGUUUUUAUUUUUCUGAUGUCUGUGCAUUCAGGGAGGGGGAUGUAUGAAAACAGACCAUUUUCCCUGUUGAGACAUUUCUUCUUAACACCCCAUGUGAAAUAGGCAAUACUUAGCUGCCUGUUGAUGAUUUGCUUCUAUUUGGGAAAAAUUAAUCCAGAAUGUAAUGACUGGCAUUGAAGGAGGCAGCAUUUUCAUUCUGUUUGCACUGCUAUAGCAUGAUAGUAUUGUUUUUACUUCCCUUCAGUUCAGACUGAAAAGGCUGUGUGUGAAGGUCAUUUACCAGUUAGCUGCCCAAAUGGAUAGUUUUUUAAAAAAAAAAUAUAAAAACACUACUUGGUACAAAUUAGAUUAAUUAAAAUAGUGCUCCUGAAGUGUGUUGGAUUUAGUUCAUUUCAUUCCAAACAGCAGGCCUGGAGAGCACAAUUAAUGACUGGGUUCAGUUCAGUCCUUUUAAAUCACUACAUUCUUAAAAGUUUCCUGUUACAUUUCAUUCAACAGUUUCUUUAUUUGGUUGUCAACUACUGUAUGAUUUUUACUUGUUAUUCCACUUUUUAGUCGGCCUGACUUUUCAGCAGUCUUGGGUAAUAGCCCUUAAAAAAUCUUCCAUCAAACCAUGGUAUUUUAAUAACUGGAAUCCUAUAAAGUAUAAACUAAUUUCUCAAAAUGACAAAGCGUGAAACGGGACAAAAUUUAUGAUUUAAUGUACUUCUGGUUUGUUUUAUUUCCUUGAAGUUAAGAAUAUAGCAUGUAUAUAGAUAUUGGGACUGCUUGGUUACCUACCUGUAUUCUUUAAAUACAUUACUGAGAUUAUUGUAUAUUUUAUGGAUAAUAAAACAAAUGUGAGUUGUAUGUAAAAUAAGUAUGUGGUUUAGUGUAUAUUUUACAAGUAUUUUGCAACUGCAAUAGAAUUCUAAAAUUCUCAAUGCUUCAC